CUGUCCUGUACGAGGUACGAGCCAAGCCAGUGCCAGUACGCGUCGUGGCUUCGCCACGUGCUUCUCGUCUCUUUGGGGAAGUUCGCGUUCACCGUUACCAGCCACGCGAUGGUGGUUCCCUUGAGUUUCUUAAAUGCCAGUUCGCCCUCGUGCUGACGCGACCACGCUCGCCGUGUCCGUGACGAUGCGACCGAUCCGACCGUUCGUGAUCGUCGCUUGUUGUGCUGUUCUUGUGACCAUGUGACCGAUCGGCAGCAGAAAAUCCAGCGUACUCUCGCGAGAGUCCUGAAUGUGAGAGAAUCUCGUGAAAAUCCUGUGUAAUCGAUUGGUGUCUAAACGCUGGGCGUUUCAGGCGAAUUGAUGAAUGAAUCAGGAUACGUUGUAAGGGAGGACCAUCCCCGAGACAUCAUGAAACAGCGAGUCCUACUGGCUCUCGCCAACUUGAUCACUUCCUAUGCAUCUUUCUUAGCAGCUACGGGUGCGAAGACGUCCACGAGACAGAGGACCCAGAGCAACAAUCAUAGCAACAUCAGUGAGUUGUUAGACAAUUUGCUUCGUGGUUACGAUAAUAGCGUCAGGCCAGACUUCGGCGGGCCACCGGCCACGGUUGAAGUCGACAUUAUGGUGCGCAGCAUGGGUCCCAUUUCCGAAGUCGAUAUGACGUACUCGAUGGACUGUUACUUCCGGCAGUCGUGGGUGGACCGACGCUUGGCCUUCCAAGGCGGCAAGGAGACUUUAGCGCUAAGUAUAUCGAUGCUGGCGAGAAUCUGGAAGCCGGACACGUACUUUUACAACGGGAAGCACAGCUAUCUGCACACGAUAACCAGCCCGAACAAGUUCGUCAGGCUCUAUCAGAACGGCCGGGUACUUUACAGUUCAAGACUCACAAUCAAAGCGGGCUGUCCGAUGAACCUGGAAAACUUCCCGAUGGACACGCAAAGAUGUCCGUUACAAUUCGGCAGCUUCGGUUAUACGAAGCGGGACGUGAUCUACAAGUGGAACAGCGCGCGACAAGUAGCAAUCGCCGAGGACAUGAAAUUAUCCCAAUUCGAUUUGGUCGCCAACCCGACUGCGAAUUAUUCCGCACCCCCGACUGUUGCGCAUGCGGAUUACUCGAUGCUGCUGGUAUAUUUUCAUCUCCAGAGGCAUAUGGGUAAUUUUCUGAUACAAGUAUACGGUCCCUGCGUGUUGCUCGUCGUCCUAUCCUGGGUGUCCUUUUGGUUAAAUCGUGAAGCCACCGCAGAUCGCGUAUCGCUUGGGAUAACAACGGUACUAACUAUGACGUUUCUAGGAUUAGAGGCGCGUACCGACCUGCCGAAAGUUCCUUACCCCACUGCCCUCGACUCUUUCGUUUUCCUCUCGUUCGCGUUCAUCUUCGCCACCAUCAUACAGUUUGCAGUGGUCCAUUAUUUCACGAAGUACGGCUCCGGCGAAUGUUACUUCAGCUCCGAUUUCAGCGAAAGCGAGAGUUCCAGCGAUGAAGAUAAAACUGUUACGUUGAAAAGAGACCAGUCUAAAGUUCAAUUUCAGACGCCCCAGUCCCGGAAGAGAACGCCUGGAAACCCAACAGCCCGCGGUCAUCCUAGUCGAAAUUUCACAAUGAACGAAGACGGGAUGAUAGAAGUGAUUCCAUUAUCCGCGAUCCCAGAGCCAGUCAGGGACCCCACAGUGGGUCAUUGGCAAAUGUCUUGCGUGGCCUGCAGCCCUCCGCCGCCACGGCCAGCGCAGGUGAACAGAAGAGAGUCCGGCAGAAGACGUCGCAGACGGACGCCUAGGUACAAUUCCGUAUCAAAAAUCGACCGCGCUAGUCGCGUUGUAUUCCCUGUGUUCUUUCUCGCGAUCAACGUGUUCUACUGGUACGCUUACCUUUCGAGGAGCGAGCGUAUCGUAUAUAACGCGAACGGCACGUGAGAUCGGUCUCGGAAAUUAGAGGCCGCAGAACGUUCUUAGCCACAGUUAUUAGCCGAAUAAAAUGAUAAAUGAAAUGAGUUCUUAACUUGGAGCCGAAAAUUGUCCCCGGUGGACCAUAAUAUCGUUUAUGCGAUGAAGAAAGAAUCUUAGAAAGUUAUGGAAACGAUUUUUUAGUACGGUGUGACUCACUCAAGGGAAUCAGUUGACAUUUUGAAGAAUUGAAGGGGGUGGGGACAAUGCUCAAACAUGUAUAACGUUUCAACUGCGGUUAUUUUUUAGUUUCUGAGACAAAUUAAUACAGACGAGACUCAUGUAUUUAAUGCUGCCUAUCCUCAUUAACAAUAUCUUCGCUAUACUUCACGUACACAGCGUGGAGAAUGCUGGCAUGCAACCGCAGAUUCUUCAGUUCUUAUGAAAGUUUCUUAUUAAUACCUUAGAAACUAAUAGAUAUCCGAAGCUAAUGUAUUCCAGGGAUUCUCCCGUCGACCAUCGUCUUCACAAAAUUCCAGCUCGUUCUAAUGAAUGUGUCAUAUCUACUGGGUCAUGUUUUAUCCACGAGAAUUUUGAACUACCGGCUAUGUGCGAAGUCUCGUUAAACAGUCAAGUCCCUUACGACAACUAGGCAAUUGUACACUGCUGUGUCACAGUAUAAGAGAGAACAAUAGGUGACGGUAGACUUAAUCUCAGUGUCGGCUCCUAUGAUCUCAUGACCAACAGAUUCGCCGUGUUGUUAAUUAUGCGUGGGCUCUGAUUUGAAAGAUAAAGCCACAGUAUAAAAAAAAAGAAGUAAGCUCACUCUCGAAGUCAGCUUUAGAGAUCCUUAAAUCAGACAGCUGCCUGACCACUUCUUUCAUUCACAGUGACUUUCUUUAAUUGUAAAUGUUAUUAAAUAUAAACCAAAUCACACUCAAUUAAGUCUCCGCGUUAUUGGUUGUGCGAUUUUUUUGUUACGCGCAAGAGUCAAUUAUUAAUACAUUUUUUGACAGAGCGAGCUUACUGCUCUUUCUUAUACUAUGGCUGUAUUUUACAAUCUGCCGGUGAUAUAUGUAUGUAUGUAAUGUAUGUACGUGAAGAUAUCUGUAAUAUGUAUAGCACCUUCGAGACAUUGCCUGUUACUCUUUUGUUUAUAUCGUUGGUAAACGACAUAAAAUAUAAAAUACUGAGCGCAGAUUUUAAAGAAACCAUGGUGGGAAUACAUAAGGGGUGUUCUUCCGGUGGUAUCAUUUUCGUCACCUGCUGCGCAUUCCAUCAUGGACCUGAAAAAUGGUGUAUGAAGUGAACUUACGGAGGAAACACGUCUUAUGCACAUCCACCAUGAAACAUUGUCCCAAGCUGUAAGUUGUGUUGAUCACGAAUAAGGGAAGAAUGUGCCAGCUCGAAUAAAUUAUUGUCAGGUGAAACGUGCGGAAUAUGUUUCAAUUAUUAGUGGAACGUAGAGUGAAAUGAAACGAUAGGAAAAUCGAAUAAAUUCGUAUUAGAUGCGACAAUAAAAAUCUAUUUAAAAAACAA